AUGAACCAGCCAGAUUUCAAUAAUCGUGAAUCAGGCUUACAAGAGGCUGCUCGAGAGCUGGGAACUGAAGUGGUAUUUCUCCCAAAGUACCACUGUGAGCUGAGUAUGAUAGAGCAAGUCUGGGGAUACGCAAAAAGAGACUAUCGAGAUAAUCCCCCUAAUAGUAGCUCAAAAAAGUUGAAGGAGAACGCACUAAAGGCAUUAGAAUCACCCCCAAUUUUAUCGAUGCGCAAGUUCGCUGCUCGUUCUCAACGUUUUGCCGAUGGAUAUGACCAUGGUAUGGACGGGUCCCAAGCUGCUGCGUGGGCUACAACGAUAUUCAAACAUCACCGAGAGACCCCAGCACAUAUUCCGUACGACGAGAUUGCUCCUAACUAUGUACAUACAACAAACAAUUAA